AUGGCACAUGUCAAAUAUAUUUUAAGAUAUUUGACAUUCAGUCUUUUGGUCUGGCAUGUUGUAUCAAAAAUCGAAAACAUUGACAUCCCGUCAAAACUAGUGGAUUGUUUCUCAAACUGGGCUAGAAAUGAAAACAUACGCAACAUAGCUGGAGAGAAUGUCUUGCAUACAUGUAUGUCCAGCUUCCUGUGGAAAACAGGUAAGGAGAGAUGGUCUCCGGAUUUUGAUCCGAACAUUGUAAAGUUUAUUGCGGAAGAGGGCAAAGAGAGGAACAGAUUGAUAGAUGAAACAUCAAACCCAAAAACCAAGACCGCUUUGCCGUUCAGAAAACCCUACGUCCGCAAAGAGUAUCGCAUGUUGUCGAACAAAGAAAGAAGGCGAUAUCACCGAGCAGUAAAAGCCCUGAAAAACGAUAAGAGGCUGAAACCGAACACUUACGAUGCUAUCGCUAAUUACCACAAUACAGAAAUACAACAUUCAGCACAUUGGGGACCUAAUUUCCUGGGGUGGCACAGAAUUUAUCUCAUGACGUACGAAGACGCACUGAGAAAAAUUGACCCUGACGUGACAUUACCUUACUGGGAUUGUACGUUGGAUGAACCAAUGAGCGAUCCGUCGAAGUCAAUAAUCUUUUCCCGUCGUUUUGCCGGAAAUAGUGACGGAGAAGUUGAUACAGGUCCUUACAAAGACUGGGAACAUGAAGAGUUCGGCAAAUUAACUCGAGCAGCUAACAACGGCGGAGAGCUGAUGAGUUACCAAGAUGUUGACAACUUUUUAUCAAAAGACUAUACAUCUGAAAUAACUGUUCCCAAUGCAGAAAGCCAGUAUAACAUAGAACAUUUUCAUGGAAGAAUACACACCUUUGUAGGUGGACAUUUGGGGAACUUAGUCUCAGCAGCCCACGACCCUUUAUUCUACAUGUUGCAUGCUUUUAUUGACUACAUUUGGUGGAGGUUUAGAAAUCAACAAGAAGCCAAUGGUAUCGAUCCCUCCAUGGACUAUCCUGAAACCGAUAUCGAUGGUCAUCAGGCAAAUGACAUAAUGAAUGGAUUUGGUAUGUACAGAAAUAUCGAUGGUUAUUCACGAAACUGGACACGGGAUAUUUAUACGUAUGAAAUGAGUCCCACAUGUUCGAAAGAUCAAUCUUGGUCAUGUAAUUCAAAAUGGCUUAUUUGCCAGCAUCACACAGGGAGGUGUGUAUCAAAAGGACGAAGGCGUACGAACAGCUUUCGCCCAGAACGUUUUGAUACCUUAAUGACCUCCACAACAGCGGAACUCUGUGAGAUGGAGGAUAUUGUUCAAGACACCUGCUUUAAGAUGGACACAACUAUUCAAAACACUUUCGUCCUAGAUGGCAUUGCGGAUACCAGUAAAUGGGCUUAUUUUCCAAUUAAAAUCAUCAACGAAAGGAAACAGUUUGAAAAAUUCAGAGCAUUUGACGUUGAAGACGGCAUUGCAAACCAAACAUUAGACAUAUACGAUACGGAAAAAUACGCUGAGCUGAGAAAACAUGAAGACUUCGGUGAUAUGGGUACCAAUAGGAAGUGCCAGCUUUCUGGUUCUGGUGCCUCCAAGAUAUUCGUUGAUGUUUAUGGACUGAAUUACUACGGAUUUUCAACUGAUUAUACAAUCGUAGAUGAAAGAAUGGCGUUAUCAGUAGGAUACAGUUACUUGCCAAUAAGAGAGCCAACAAAUAAACCUUCAGAAGUUUUUGUUGCUGCGUACGACUCUUGUGGGAGACUUUGUAAGCCUUACUGUAAAGUGGAUGGGACGUACAAGCGAUGUACUGCCACGAUUCGAAUAAAUAACGAUACACCACAGCACUAUGGCAAGAAUUAUGCGGACGCUCUCCUCAAUACAUGGAGAUUUGACGGUGACGGAGUACCGGAGACUACCGAUGAUCGCGUACACCUAGUGUUUUAUUGUAACCGAAAAGAAGAAUGGCCAUGGCAACAGUACAACAAUUAA